GUUGCCAUCUGCAAACCCUUGCACUACGGGACACUCCUGGGCAGCAGAGCUUGUGCCCACAUGGCAGCAGCUGCCUGGGGCAGUGGGUUUCUCCAUGCUCUGCUGCACACGGCCAAUACAUUUUCCCUACCCCUCUGCCACGGCAAUGCUAUGGACCAGUUCUUCUGUGAAAUCCCCCAGAUCCUCAAGCUCUCCUGCUCAGAUGCCUACCUCAGGGAAGUUGGGCUAACUGUGACUGGUGCCUGUUUAGUCUUUGGGUGUUUUGUUUUUAUCGUGGUGUCCUAUGUGCAGAUCUUCAGGGCUGUGCUGAGGAUCCCCUCUGAGCAGGGACGGCACAAAGCCUUUUCCACGUGCCUCCCUCACCUGGCCGUGGUCUCCCUGUUUAUCAGCACUUGCAUAUUUGCCUACCUGAAGCCCCCCUCCAUCUACUCCCCAUCCCUGGAUCUGGUAAUGGCAGUUCUGUACUCAGUGGUGCCUCCAGUGAUCAAAGCUCAUCUUUUCACUCUUGACUUUCCCAGGUGA